AUGUCCGCCGAGCUCAAAGAAUACCUCGUCGUAAUCCCUGAUCAUCCUGACGUCCUGGCCAAGCGACAAGUCCUCCUAAAGCCUCACAACCAAGACGCAGCUCCCCUGGUCAAAGCCGGCCGCGUCCCCUUCUUCGGCAGCACCCUUGCUCAUCACAGCGCCGAGGGCCAACAAAUCGCCGAGAAUGGAACAGUUAUGAUCAUCAAGGCUGAGAGCGAGGAGGAGAUCAAGGAGAUCAUUCGGAAGGAUAUUUUUACAAUUGAGGGGGUUUGGGAUUUCGGAAAGUUAUCUAUUUGGCCUUUCAAAAGUAAAUAA